AUGGCGUUGUGCCCUGGCGACACCACUGAGUGGGACGACAUCCAGCGCAAGAUGGGCAACUUCGCCCCGCUGGAGAAGGAGGUGCCCCAACGCGAGGUGGAGAAGGCCUUGGUGGAGGCUGUGGAGCAGCUGGAACCUCUGGACCACUGCAACCUCCAGGAGCUCACCAGGCUGGAGGACGACGUCGAGGAGGACGUACUGGCACGCUACCGCCGCGAGCGCUUGAAGGAGCUCAAGGAGCGGCAGCUGGCCGCGAGGUUCGGCGAGGUGUUGCAGCUGCCCCGCUGCAAUUUCGUCAAAGAGGUCACGGAGGGCAGCGCCGGGGGCCAGUGGGUCGCGGCCUUCGCUGCUGGGGUGCGAUCGCAAAAUGGCUACCAGCUGAUGCGGCCGUGGGAGAUUGUCGCAAAGCGUUUUCCAGCAGUGAAGUUCAUGAAGGGAGUUGCGGACGAGGUGGUUCCAGAUUUUCCCGACGCAUCCACGCCUGCCGUGUUGUUGUACAAGGACACAGAGUGCCACAAGCAGAUCAUCGGCAUCGCGGAGCUUGCUAAGUCUCUCUCUCUGCCUCUCUCCUCUCGUUCUUUCUAUAUCUCUCUCUCCCUCUCUCUCUCUCUCUCUCUCUUUAUCUCUCUCUCUCUCUCUCUCUCUCUAUAUAUAUAUAUAUAUAUAUAUAUAUGUGUUGUUCUCUCGCUCUCUCUCUCUCUCUCUCUCUCUGUGUCCCCUUCUCUCUUUCUCUCUCUCUCUCUCUCUCUUUCUCUCUCCCUCUGUCUCUAUGUCUAUCGAUAUCUUUCUCUCUCUCUCUCUCGCCCUUUCUCGCUCUCUCUUUCUCUCUCGCUUUCUCUGUCCCCCUCUGGUCGGGCCUAA